CGCAUGAGCAACGACUCAUGUGCAUGAUCCUGUAUCACCAUCAAUCUUGGCAAAUAAAGUUUUGGUUAAAAAAACGUGAUUCUUAAAGUUGUAUUUAAAUUGUGAUUAUUUAAUUGUCGGAGCUUCACUUUAAAAAUGCAAGGACCAAUUAUCUUACUUAAAGAAGGGACUGAAAGUCAACAAGGUAAAUCCCAGUUAAUCAGUAACAUCAAUGCUUGCCAAUUGAUUGCUGAAGCUGUGAGGACCACACUGGGUCCUCGUGGUAUGGAUAAACUGAUUGUCGAUAACAAAGGGUCGAGUAUAAUUAGUAAUGAUGGUGCCACCAUCUUGGCUCAUCUCAAUGUCGCCCAUCCUGCAGCUAAAGCAUUGGUUGAUAUUUCCAGAUCACAAGAUGCAGAGGUUGGUGAUGGUACAACCAGCGUUACUUUGAUAGGUGCUGAACUUCUGAAGCAGGUGAAAGUAUUCGUUGAAGAUGGGUUACACCCUCAAGUUAUCAUUCGAAGUCUUAGAAAAGGUUGCCAGUUAUGUGUUGAUAAGAUCAAUGAUAUGGCAAUUAAAAUAGAUAAGAAUAACCAGGAUGAUUUGAGAAGUUUACUUGAGAAAUGUGCUUCAACCACCUUAAGCUCUAAACUGAUCGCUCACCAGAAAGAUUUUUUUGCUAAGAUGGUGGUCGAUGCGGUUAUGCAAUUAGAUGAUCUGUUACCUCUUAACAUGAUUGGUGUUAAAAAGGUUAAAGGUGGUUCUCUUGAAGAGUCUCAAUUGAUUACCGGUGUUGCUUUCAAAAAGACCUUCAGUUACGCUGGUUUUGAAAUGCAACCUAAAAAAUACACUAAUCCUAAGAUCGCUUUACUUAACAUUGAACUUGAACUUAAGGCUGAGCGAGACAACGCUGAAAUAAGAGUUGACAAUGUCAAAGAAUACCAAAGUAUUGUUGAUGCCGAGUGGAACAUUUUGUAUGAAAAGUUACAAAAAAUUCAUGAAUCUGGAGCUAAGGUGGUUCUCUCCAUGCUGCCAAUCGGUGAUGUGGCAACUCAAUAUUUCGCCGAUCGUGACAUGUUCUGUGCGGGUCGGGUACCUGCUGAUGAUUUAACUCGAACUCAGAAAGCAUGUGGAGGCGCUAUACUGACCACCGUUCACGAUUUGACUGAUGCUAAUCUGGGAACAUGUGCUCAAUUUGAGGAAACUCAAAUCGGAGGUGAAAGGUUCAAUUUCUUCACCGGUUGCCCUAAGUCGAAAACUGUAACCAUUAUUCUUCGUGGUGGUGCUGAACAAUUCAUCGAAGAAACUGAACGUUCUCUCCAUGAUGCCAUCAUGAUUGUUCGUCGAGCUCUUAAAAAUGAUUCCGUUGUUGCCGGUGGAGGAGCUAUCGAAAUGGAGCUUUCUAGAUACCUUCGAGAUUUUUCAAGAACCAUCGCCGGUAAAGAGCAAUUAAUCAUUGCAGCGAUGGCCAAAGCCUUCGAGAUUAUCCCCCGUCAAUUGUGUGACAAUGCUGGUUUCGAUGCGACCAACAUAUUAAACAAACUUCGCCAGAAACAUGCUACCGCUGGUAUUUGGUUCGGUGUUGAUAUUAACGCUGAAGACAUAGCCGAUAAUUUCUUUGCCUGUGUCUGGGAACCGUCGCUGGUUAAAAUUAAUGCAAUCACCGCGGCAACGGAAGCCGCUUGUCUUAUACUCUCAGUUGAUGAAACAAUUAAAGCCCCUAAAGCUCAAACUGAAGAAACCGCUGCUGCUCGAGCUAUGGGAAUGUGAUCUUAAGUUUGUUGUCACUUUUUUCCGUUAAAACCUUUCAACUUGACGAUUUUUUUUCUCACUCUCUCUCUCUCUCCUUUGGUCUGUUUCUUGCUCUAAACAUGAAAUGAAAAAAUCUUAAAAAAAACACUUUGUACUUUCUAACCAAAAAAAAAAUCAAUCCAAAAAGUGAAAAUUAACCAUCAAUAAUAAACACAAUUUAAUUUAAAAACAAGAAAUUAAA